CAAGAGAUUACACCAAAUAUAAAAUGAUUGAAUAUGUAAGAAGAAAAAUACAAAAUUUAUCUUAAAUAAUUGUUCAGUAGAAAAAGAAACUCAAUGAAAAUGAGUGAAAAAAAUCAAAUUGUGAACAAUGAGCAAACAACGACAACUGGACAACCAGCAAAUGCAGUGGAUGCAGAAAAAAAAUGGAACAUAUUUUCAAGAUCAUUUUCCGAUCCCGAUUUAGAAAAAUUGUAUCAGUCAUAUAGUGUUAAACAGAAACGUGCUGGUUUACAAUGUUUCCUUUAUGCAGCAAUAUUAUUCGAUUUAUACAUGCUGGCGAUACCACAAGAACAAGAUUUAAUUACAUUCGGUAUAAUUACGAUAUUUUUAGCACUAAAUACAAUAUUAUUAGUAUGGUGUAAACGAGGUAUACCUAAAUCACAUUUUUGGGCGGCUGCUCCACACAUUGCAUGGCAUUUAGCAAAUGCACAAUUAAUAUUAACAUUGUUUCUUAAAAAGAAUGAAGUGACCGGACGUGAUAGUUUGGGUUGGGUGAUAUUAUUAGAUUAUUUAGUGUAUGUUACAUUACCGUUACGGUUACGUUAUUGUUUUAUACUGAGUAUUGGAACGUGUGGAUCAUAUUUGGUGGCCAUUAUUGGUUUAAUUAAAUCUGAUGAAAAAUUUGGUUAUCAGAUUGCUGUGAACUGUGUGCUACUUAUAGUGGCAAAUAUAUUAGGACUGACGUCGUAUUUUCUGGAUGAAAGGCAACAACGGGGAGCAUUUACUGAAACAAGACAAUCAUUGGAAGUGAAAUUAGUUAUUGAAGAACAAAGUGCUGAGCAAGAACGUCUUCUUCUCUCCGUGUUACCUGAGCAUGUUGCUGUACGUAUGCGACAAGAUCUUGGCUCGACAGCAAGUCAAUUCAAAAAAAUAUACAUGAGUCGGCACGAGAAUGUCAGUAUACUUUAUGCUGACAUUGUGGGUUUCACAGCAAUCUCAUCAACGUACUCAGCUCAAGAUCUUGUAAAGAUAUUGAAUGAAUUAUUUGCACGCUUCGAUAAACUCGCUGAGAAAUAUCAACAACUACGCAUUAAAAUUCUUGGAGAUUGUUAUUACUGUAUAAGUGGGGCUCCCAGAGAGCGUCCGGAUCAUGCAGUAUUAUGUGUCCAUAUGGGCUUAUCAAUGGUCAAAGCAAUAAAAUAUGUUCAACAAACAACUAAUUCACCGGUUGACAUGCGUGUUGGAAUACAUACGGGUGCUGUAUUAGCAGGCGUUUUAGGACAACGACAAUGGCAAUUUGAUGUUUACUCAAAGGAUGUCGAACUCGCCAAUAAAAUGGAAAGUAGUGGAAAGGCUGGAAGAGUUCAUAUAUCUGAGAAGACAUUGAGCUUUUUGGAUGGUGAAUUUGAAGUAGAACCUGGUUUUGGUGAAAAACGUGAGGAAUCGUUACGAAUGGCUGGUAUUAAAACAUAUUUUAUUGUUAGCGUUUUAAAACCUUUUCAACCACCUAAGAAAGAAAUACAGAAUGGUGGAGCAUUAACUGAUAAUGAAGAUAAUACGAAAUUAAGUAUUGAUGGAUUAUCUGAUUUUCAAGAUGAUCCCGAAGAUAUGACUAGUCCGAUUGAAGAAAAUCAAAUAUUAACAAAAACAAAUAACCAAAAACAAGAUGAUUCGGAGAAUUUUAAGAAACGUCUUCGGAAAGAAUUAGUGAAUCGUGAUGGGCAUAAAGAGUUGUCUAAACAUACUAAUGUAUUUAGUUGUGCAUUUAAAGAUGCAAAUACAGAAAAAUCAUAUAAACGACAAACUGAAUCAUUUACAAAAUUUUCAUUGUGUGGUCUUGUUGUUGUUAUGUUUUCCAAAGAUUUUGUCUUAACCUUUAUAUUACCAAUAACAAAUACAACUUUAACAAAGGCAUAUGGCAGUGGUGCGAUAAUUAUAUUAUUUAUGUUUGUGAUUGUAUUAGCUGAAGCAAUAGGAAAAGCAUGUCCGAGUUCGAUUGUUCAGUUUAGUAAUAAAAUUAACAACAGUAUUUGGUUAAAAGUUAUCGCAAUAGCAAUCGUAUUGUGUGUGACAACUGGAUCUUUUGUCAGUGUUACGACACGUUGUAGUAUGCUGGUUGUUCAUACAAAUUGUACAGCUCGUGAGACAUUUUUAGAAACUUGUCCGUAUCCAUCAUAUUAUAGUUUUUAUAGUGUACUCAUCUUAGUUGCCACAUCAAUGCCAACUGCUUUAUCAUAUUUAAUAAAAACAUGUUUGAUGUUCCUUAUUACAAUUGGACAAUGUUUUCUAAAUAUAACAUUCUCUGGUCCAUUUUUGGAUUGUGAAGAAUCCUCGAAUCAUCGUGAUUGGACAUACAUAACACCCGGAAAAUAUUCUUUAUCAGUAUUACUAUUGGUUUGUACCAUCGCUUUGGCAUUUUUAGCACGGCAUAUGGAGCAAGUUUCUCGAGUUUUAUUUUUAUGGCGUACAGAAGUUGAUGAACAACGUGAAAAAGCUGCAGAUAUGCGUCGACGAAAUGAACUUCUCGUUUACAAUGUAUUACCGCCUCACGUAGCUGCUCAUUUUAUGGGUAAUCGAAAACGAUCACAUGAUGAAUUAUAUUCCCAGAGCUAUGCAGAAGUCGGUGUAUUAUUUGCCUCAAUGCCUAAUUUUUCAGAUUUUUAUUCCGAGGAAACAGUAAAUAAUCAAGGUCUAGAAUGUUUACGGUUUUUAAAUGAAGUCAUCUCAGAUUUUGAUGCGUUGCUGGAACAACCUAAAUUUCAAGAUAUAAUUAAAAUUAAAACAAUAGGCUCUACAUAUAUGGCGGCAAGUGGCCUAAAUUCUUCUAAUCUAGUUAAAGCAAAAGAUUCAAUAACUACAAGAUGGGCACACUUAUCUCUGUUGGUUGAAUUUGCAUUGGAAUUGAAGAAAGCAUUACAAAGUAUUAACGAGCAAAGUUUCAAUCAUUUUGUUUUAAAAAUGGGUGUGAACCACGGUCCAAUUACAGCUGGUGUUAUUGGAGCUCGAAAACCCCACUAUGAUAUAUGGGGUAAUACAGUUAAUGUUGCUUCUAGAAUGGAAAGUACCGGAAAAGCUGGAUGCAUACAGGUAACACAAGAAACAUGUGAAAUUUUACAAAAUUUUGGAUAUCAAUUUGAACAACGAGGUCUGGUUGCUGUAAAAGGUAAAGGCCAGUUAAUGACAUACUAUCUACAAGGAAAAGCUGGACAACCUUCUGAAAUUCCGGCAACAGUAUCUCGAUCCCCGUCUAUAAUCAGUUCGGUAAAUAAAAUGGGUGAAAAGAGUCCCGUACUGGGUUGUAAUACUAGCAGCACAACUGCAUCAGUUCCAGAUCCACCUAUUAUUGUUGGUGCCAUAACACGAUGCGAAGACAUUCAAAUUAAAAUUACAGAUGAUGAUGAUAACGAUAUAUCAUCGAAUCAACCACUCAUUCAAAAUAAUUUUGAUACUACAAUUCGAGGCAAUGAAAAUUCUGUACUAUAUGGAUAA